AUGGAUGUGGAAUCCUCAACUGGCCAAUUGGUAGAAAGCAUAGAUCUAGAUAAGAAUCAAUCUAUAGAGGGUAGUAAGGGUAUAAGAACAGUCACCAAGUGGAAGAGAAGAGCAGCCACUGAAGGUAGACUGGUGAGGAUGGAGGUCCAGAACCAGGCCCUGAGCAGUUUGGGGAAUCAUUAUCAGUCAGCUCCUCAACAAUCAUUGAAAAGAAACAGGGAAAUUAUGGAAGUUAAGAGUGGAGGGAGUUUAGAUUGGAGCUGGAUGAUAUUUGUCUAUUUGAGCACUGAUAAACCAACCAGGGAGAAACAAUGGGAGUUUUUGGUGGAUAGCAAACAGAAGUGGGGACCUUGCUGGCUUAUAGCAGGAGACUGGAAUGACCUAACCAGUAAUGAAGAGAAAAGGGGAGGGCAAAGAAGGCUGGAAUCUAGUUUUCAGGGGUUCAAACAAUUUAUCUCAGACAUGGAGAUGCAGGAAAUGGAGCAGAAAGGGGCUUUCUUUACUUGGGGCAAUAAUAGAACAGCAGAUGGGUAUGUAGAGGAGAGGCUAGACAAGGUUUUUACUUCUUGGAAUUGGCAGCUGAUGUUCCCUAAGAUGGAGGUCUCGAACUUUUAUAGAACGGCUUCAGAUCACAAUGUCUUGCUAAUCACCACAGAUACAGCUGUAUCUAGAAAAAGGAAGAUGUUUCUGUUUGAUAAACAAUGGAUCAAGAUGGAAGGGGUUCAAGAAGCUGUGAAAGAAGGGUGGAAUAUCUCUGUUGAAGGCUCCAGAAUGUUCCAGGCACUACAGGGGGUGAUGACCUCCUGCAACAUAUACUUCCUACCAUUACAGAGGAUAUGA